UCUUAUUAUUAUAUAUACGUUUUAUAUUUUAGUUAUGGCAGACUGCCCACAUACCAUCGGUGUAGAGUUUGGAACAAGAAUUAUUGAAGUGGCAGGGCAGAAAAUAAAAUUACAAAUAUGGGACACCGCUGGACAGGAACGUUUCCGGGCAGUUACAAGAUCUUAUUAUCGAGGUGCGGCCGGAGCAUUAAUGGUCUAUGAUAUUACUCGUCGAUCAACUUACAAUCAUCUUAGCAGCUGGCUUACAGACACAAGGAAUUUAACUAAUCCAAGCACUGUUAUAUUUUUGAUUGGUAACAAAAGUGACUUGGAAGGUCAAAGAGAUGUUACCUACGAAGAAGCAAAGCAAUUUGCAGAUGAAAAUGGUCUCAUGUUCGUAGAGGCUAGUGCAAAAACGGGGCAUAACGUUGAAGAAGCUUUUUUGGAAACUGCAAAAAAAAUAUUCCAAAGUAUACAAGAUGGACGCUUGGACUUGAAUGCAGCAGAAUCAGGAGUUCAACACAAUCCAAGUCAACCAGGUCGUACCAAUCUUCAAGGAGUAUCUAAUGAACAACAAGGUGGAAAAGAUUCUUGCUCCUGUUAGGUCUUUAUUUGUUUGUAUAUAGAUAUUUGAAAUCAUCGGUACUAUUAAUGCAUAUAUGAUUUAUACUAAGCAUAGCAAGCAAAUAGUCUUUGAUCUUUAUCCCUUAACCUUUAAUAAGACAAAUCUACUUAAUAAACAUCAGUUCUUUUAUAGUUAUAAUUAAUUUACAAAAACAUAUGAUAUGAACACAUGACUCAGUAUAAACGUAUACGUAUAAAUUGUAUUGAAAACAAAUUCUGUAUUUUGCUUCAAUGUUACAGCUUUUGUAUGAUUGUCGUGAUUUGCAUACAUUUCCUAUAGAUAUUAUAAUUUGUUUCAUACAAAAAUUAAAUAUUAAACAAUAUGUUGCACAUGCGAACAUUAUGAUACACAUGUACAAGUGCAUUGUACGAAAUAUUUACUUAAUCACAUGAAAAUAUGAUAAACAUGAAUGUGACACAGUUGAAUAAGAUAAAUAUCUACCAUUGUAAAGUACGUUUAUGUAACAAGAUUUGAGUAUAUCUGAAGGUGUUCGUUAUCUAAUUUACAGUUUGGAAGCUGUACUAUAAGCUUAGAUACAAAAAAUUGUUGGUAACACAUCUACACAUCUGAGUAGCAUCAAACAGCUGUCAUAAAAUGGCAUAGUGAAACAAAA